UUUAACGAAGGCUGUAACAGAGAAUGCAUUUCCGAUUUCCGUGUGAGAUGGAAACUGCUUGAAGAUGGCGACGGUGGCAGCUCACCCAGCGUCCCAUCACCUAAUCCAAGUAGUGAACGAGUCGAAUUUGAGUAAAAUCGAGAGCUUCCUUAACGACACCGCCUAUAGAGAAGCCAUAGAGAAUUCUUCCAAUUAUAACACAAGACUAUGCAGAGAACGAAGACUGCGAAUGCCCUUCCUCGACUCGCAAACCGGAGUCGCCCAGAAUCACUCGGCUCUCUUCAUGUCUGCCCGAGAACGAAUCCCAGGCUUAAUGCAUGGCCAGGUAUACACUUACCCGAGCAAACGAUGGCGGAAAAAGCGGCGACAGUAUCUGAUGCACUAUCUACACCCAAAACGAGGCACCCGAGGGGAUAUAGAUGACGGUGUCGAAGGAGCCGACGGAAUUGUUGUGGGACUCAAUGACGACAGCAAAGAUUCUGUCGCUCUAAAAGAUGAACAUAGUAAAGAUGCUUGGUAUUACGACGAACAAGACAUGCUAGACAUGGAUGCCUUCGAAGAGCCCGAUCCCGACAGUGACUAUGACUACGAAGAAAGUUACAGCAGUAAAAGACGGAGACGGAGGCCCCGAGGCGGAGCCCACCAUCCUAUCAGGGGACAUCCACCCUCCGUGGACAGUCCUGGGGCCAAAAGAACCAAGGGUGGAGGUCGUGGGAGAAAGAAAGCUAACUACGACAAUGCCGACUCCGAUAAGCCAUUCGUUUGUGACCUGUGCGGCGCUCGGUAUAAAACCAGACCAGGUCUGGUAUACCAUUACGGUCAUUCCCACUCUACCUCCUCUGGCGAUCCUGCUAAGGAACCAAGUCCCAGUCCCGCAGAUGUUGAAUCGUGGAGUGCAGCUGAUGUCAACGCUUUGGACCAGCCAGGUGGUACGCGAAGGGGUCGUCAGAGCACUGCUUCGUCGAGCAAUUCGACCCCACCACCUGCAGCACCUCUGGCUAACGCCGGAGGAGCAGCAGUACCUCAACAGCAACAACAACCACCAUUGGCAGUUCAAUCGUCUGCUGCGCCAUCCUCCCCCACUGUACCGACCCCCAAGGACGACCUACAGUCGGCUGUUCCUUCUCCGGGUACUGCAGUUCCUUCUCCUUCUUCAGCAAAGCCCGAAGCGGGUCCGGCGACAACAGCGGUGCCAAGCGGGGAAAAGAAAGUAGGAAAAGCUGCCCAGCCGUCUCCUUACUGCGACUUCUGCUUGGGCGAUGCUAGAGAAAAUAAAAAAACUGGUGGUUCAGAGGAGCUGGUUUCUUGCAGCGAUUGCGGCCGCUCAGGCCAUCCAACUUGUUUGCAAUUCACCGCAAACAUGAUCGUCUCUGUACGUAAGUACAGGUGGCAGUGUAUCGAGUGUAAGUGCUGCUCCAUAUGCGGUACAUCGGACAACGAUGAUCAGUUGCUGUUUUGCGACGACUGCGACCGUGGCUAUCAUAUGUAUUGUUUGGCCCCACCUCUCGCAUCUCCGCCGGAGGGUUCCUGGUCCUGUCAACUCUGCCUAGCCGAAUUCCAUCGGCAUGACUAACUCUGAGCAUGUACGAGGGAGAUAGUACAUCGGAUCUAUCUAACGCAAUCCUAGGUCAGCUAGUAAAGAUUUUGAAUUAGAAUAUGAACUACGAUUCAUUAUUUAUCCUUGAUAAAAUCUGGUUCUGUCAAACGGACAAGUAUUAUUUUUAUUCAUUAAUUAGAACGAAUCCCAAAGCUUGAAAAAUGAAUUCGCAUUUAAUGUGCGACGCGUGUUUUCAAUGGCAGCUAUACGUAUUUUUCAGGCAAUACUUUGGGAAGAUUGUGAAACUUUUAUUUGUUGUUGUUGUUUUUUUUAUGUUUUUUUUUCAUUUUAACAUGUAACAUUUUAGCUGUACGAAUUUUUAAUCAAGGCGAAUUAAAGAUGCGUUCCAUCGGUAUUAAAUACUUUGAUGAAUCUUCAGUUCUACUCUUCUAAUUCGGAAUCUAUUUUAUCGUCUAACAACAAUUGAAAUUUUGGUCAUCUCUAAUAUUAUACGAUGUUUAAGAGAGAAAAAACGCUUGAAUUCAAUACAAUUUGGAUCUCAGACUUUAUAUUACUUCUCAUAGCACAACCUUGCUAAUAGUUUGAAACACGAUGAAUCAUAUGAAAUCUUAUUGAAACGAAAUGAUUUAAAUUCUACAAAGACCUAAACGUUACUAACUGUUCGGUAAUAAUUGAUAAAACAAUAGAUAGAUAGAACGUUGUCUGUUUGUCUGUACGUACCAUGAUACUCAAGCUUUUACACUUAACAAUGUUGUAGCUAACGUUAGCAGCAUAGAUCUAUUACACUAACUAACGCAAUAUUUGCUGGAAAAAAAAGUAUAUUAUUAUAUUAUGAAUUACGAUACGAUCUUCUUGGUUGUUUAGCCCAGUAUUUUUAUAUUUUAUAUAUCGAGUGUACUUAAUUUAAGAUGCCAUGGUGAUUUUUGGUGCCCAUAUUACUAUAACAUAGAUCCACCUUGCGUUUCAGUUUUGUAAGAUUUUGAGAGAGA